CAUGCUCCUCCCGAAACUUCCUGCCGCCGAUCCGCUCCGUCCCACCUCCUGCCGCCGCUCGUGUGCGCCUUCUUGAGAGAUGGGGGAGAGAAGCAGAGAGAGGAGGAAGAGGAGGAGGUGGUUGGCGUUCCUGAUGGAGAGGAGGAUGCGUCGUGUGGAGAUCCGUAGGGGAGAGAUGGAGACGAAAACGGCCCGCGCGAGAAAGGAGGGAGAGGAGGAGGCGUGCACAUGUGGGCGUGUGACUGCCUUCGUGGGGAAGGAAGGAAGCUCCGAGGACGAGACAGAGGGAUGUCCCACCUCCACCCACUCAACCUCGUCAUGGAGCUGUGCUUAUUCUGUUCUACUAUCUCAGACCCCGGGCUGCAUCUACCUCGUCAUGGAGCUGUGCGAGGGGGGAGACCUGGCGACCUACAUCCAGCGCACCGGCGGCAGGGUGGAGGAGAGCGUCGCCAGGAAUUUCAUGAGACAGAUCGGAGCUGGUUUGCAAGUGCUCCGCCGGCACCACGUCGUCCACCGGGACCUGAAGCCUGAGAACAUCCUUCUCUCUUGUCCCGGCAGCGAUGCGAUACUCAAGAUAUCCGAUUUCGGCCUGUCCAGGGUUCUUCAUCCUGGGGAGUAUGCAGAGACUUCCUGCGGCACCCGUUUGUACAUGGCCCCUGAAGUCAUGCUAUUUCAGAAGUACGAUGAGAAGGUAGACUUGUGGAGUAUCGGUGCGAUCCUCUUUGAGCUCUUGAAUGGCUACCCGCCGUUCCAUGGUAGAAGUAAUGUACAGAUGCUUCAAUGCAUAAACAGAACUAGUAGCUCUCUUCCGUUCUCGCAACUCGUUGUGCCCAGCCUGCAUCCUGAUUCCAUCGACAUAUGCACCAGACUACUGUGCACGAAUCCAGUGAGGCGACUGUCGUUGCAAGAAUUCAUCAACCACGGCUUCCUCAGACCAUAGAUGGCACACUGAAACUGAAGAGGAUUUUGGUGCUGGCCGCGGUAUCAUCUGAAGCAUAGGAUAUCCGUUUGCUCCUUUGUGCUGGCUUUAGAUAGUGGCAAUGUAGAUCUGAAUGUUUGUACUUUACAGAAUUGUCCAUAUACAAUGUCGUGCCAUUUAACUGUAGCAUGUAGGACUGCUCAAUAUCUGAAGCUUAGGACUGGCUGAUUACGUUACUGUACUUGACUUGUUGUAUAAAAAUGUGAAUGUGA